AUGAAAAAUCUAAAUGUAAAACAUGCAGUAGCAGCAGAAGGGGCGCUGCAGGCGGCAGCAGAAGGGGCGCUGCCGGCAGCAGCAGAAGGAGCGCUGCCGGCAGCAGCAGAAGGGGUGAUGCAGGGAGCAGCAGAAGGUGCGCUGCAGGCAGCAUCAGCAUCAGGAGCAAGGGCGGCGAGUGGUGUAGAAGGGCCCGGGGAUGCUGAAGAAGGCUGGGCUGGCGGAGGGUGUGGCCUGCCGAGGGAGGAGCAGCAGCCGCCACACUGGUCGCCGGCGGGAGGGAGUGGCCAGGCGGUGAAGGGAUUCCUCCAAACGCCUCCUGCCUCAAGAAGGAUCAACCCGCCCUCGCAAGAUACUCAGCACAGGACACCACCUUGGCGACAGGCGACGCUGGCACCUGCACUAGAGUCCUUCAAAAGUCCUCUCGGCGAGAGGUCGCUCUCACUAUUGUCCUCGGGAGAAGAGAUAUCAGAAGCGAGAGGUGUAGGGAGGGAGAGGGACGAGAAGGAAGGGAGAGCGGGUGAGAGGCGGCCGGCGUGGUGUAGCGGGGAUCUCAACUCUGCGACGGGCGAGGCGCGCUACCUGCCUCAGGUGAGCCAGGUGCCCCAGGCCGCCCACCUCUGGUGCCCCAGGCCGCCCACCUCUGGUGCCCCAGGCCGCCCACCUCUGGUGCCCCAGGCCGCCCACCUCUGGUGCCCCAGGCCGCCCACCUCUGGUGCCCCAGGCCGCCCACCUCUGGUGCCCCAGGCCGCCCACCUCUGGUGCCCCAGGCCGCCCACCUCUGGUGCCCCAGGCCGCCCACCUCUGGUGCCCUAG